UUUGCCCUUGUAUUAGAAAAGAGCCACUGCCCUUUGCCCAGGAGCAUAAUGGAAAAGGCAUGUUGUGGCUAAAUGUACAUGAACAUGGUAUUUGUCCGACAGCAGACAUUGGCUUCCCAGAUCACAAAGGUGAGGGUGUCAAUGUGCUGAACCGGUGCCUGGCUGCAACAAUGGACUGGAUGAGGACUAAUAAACUGAGGCUCAAUCCAGACAAGACUGAGAUGCUGUUAGUGGGUGGUUCUUCUGACUGGAUGGUGGAUGUUCAACCUGUCCUGUAUGGGGUCACACUCCCCCUGAAGGAGAAGGUUCGUAGCUUGGGGGUUCUCCUAGAACCAUCUCUGUCACUUCAGGCUCAGGUAGCCUCAGUUGCCUUCUACCAACUCCGGUUGGUGGCCCAGCUAUGCACCUAUCUGGACAAGGAUAAACUGGCUUCAGUUGUCCAUGCUCUGGUAACCUCCAAGUUAGAUUACUGCAAUGUGCUCUACAUGGGGCUGCCUUUGAGGACGGUUCAGAAACUGCAGCUUGUGAAAAAUGCAGCGGCCAGAUUGGUAACAGGAACCAGAUGGUUUGAACAUGUAAAACCGAUUCUGGCCCACUUGCAUUGGCUGCCUGUAUAUUUCCGAGCCCAAUUCAAGGUGCUGGUUUUAACCUAUAAAGCCUUACACAGCUUGGGACCACAAUACUUGAUGGAAUGCCUCACCUGACAUGAACCCACCCAUACACUAUGCUCAGCAUCAAAGGUCCUCCUCUGGAUGCCUACUCCGAGGGAAGCUCAGAGGGAAACUCUCUGACAAGGUGUGCCUGGCACCAACACUGUUAUCUUUUCGGCACAAGCUCAAGAUUUUCCUCUUCUCCCAGGCAUUUUUAACAACAUUUGAAUAGCAUAUCAGUUUUUUAUGGGUUUUAAUUUGCUAUGGUUUAAAUUUGUAUACUUGUUUUUAAUGUUCUUAAUUGUUGUAAACCGCCCAGAGAGCUUCAGCUAUGAGGUGUUAUAUAAAUGCAAUAAUAAAUUAAAUAAAUAAAUUUAGAACUGCAGUCUUAUAGCAAUAUAUCAGCAAGAUACUGGAUCUUUAAAAUUUUGUAAGCCCUCCCUCUGGUGGAACAUCUUGUAGCAUGUUUAAACCCAGAUGGGAAAAAGUUCAGCAUUUCCUGCUUAAGAUACAGGGUCAUUUCAGGGUGAGCAAUUAUUGGGAAUUAAUCACGAAUAAUUGUGUGAACAAUUGGUAAUUAUGCACACAAAAAUGUAUCUCUUUAUGUUUUUCCCCUGUAUGGUUGCAACAGUUAUGAAUGAUCAAGGCUUGUAUUGGUGUAGUCAUGGAACCUUGAGGCAGCUCUACAUGAAAGAGCAGUAAUAAAUGGAAAGAGUUGUUUAGGAAUCAACGUUUUUCAAGAAGUUCUACAAAAAAGCCAAGUAGAGGGAAUAUAAUCUACAUUUAGAAAGAACACAAAAUCAACUCCCCAUUAUCAGAAAGAGGUUGCAGGCUAAUCAAUGGACUUAAGUAACUUCAGUCCAUUCCUUGAAUGGAUUUACUGUAUUCAGAAGUAUUAGUGCUGUUACAUCUUCUCAGGCCUUCAGACUUCAGCAAAGACUUGUUUUAAAAGUAUACAGUAAGUGAGGAGGCAGCUUCUAUAAAAAAGUUACCAGUUACAA